AAAAGCGUCAGCCAUUUUUGUAGGUUGCUGGCAGACAGACACAAAAAAUAGAAAUACACUACAAAAAAACAGAAAAUGUCAAUCCAAGAAAAAAUCUCGGCCUUAAUGGCCAGACCAGGCCAGGACCCCGUUUCAAAAGACGAGAUUCCUUGGUGGUUGAAAGUUGCUGGCAGGGGUGUUGGAACAGUGGGUGGAGGCAUUGCAAUCUUUCUGGGAUUAUGGAACUGUGUUGCCAUUCUGGUAAUCAACGUUGCAGCCCUCGUAGCUGGAAUGUGGCAAAUGGUGGCAGGUUUUCUGGUUCUCUGUGUCGAAGCACCCUGCUGUUGCAUGUUCAUUGAUCAUGUACAACGAUUAAGUGAUGCUGUGGAAAAUAGGCCCUUUUGGAAUAGGGCUUUGUUUUAUGUUGUUAUUGCCAUUCCACCAAUCAUAAUUGACUUUGGAAUGAGCACCUUUUUUGGAAGUGGUUUAAUUUUCACCACUGGCAUUCUUUACGGAAUGAUGGCUCUAGGCAGAAAGGCUACAGCCGAUGAAAUGCGACAAGCGGCUGCAGCUAUGGAAUCAAACCGAGAAGGCCCCAUUACGUCUUCAAAUAUGCGCUCCAACUUGGUGGCUAAUGCUCAACCAAUUAGCUUUACUGGUUCUCCGAUGUUUGACAGUAACGUUUGACGUCUUUUAUUUAUUGAAAAUUUUCUUUCAAAGUGAUGUUCCUUAUUGUUGGAUUUUUUUUUGUUGGUUGGUUAGUGUUACAUUCAUAUCUAAGUGAAAACUUUUAAAUAUGUCAAAUUGAAACUUUUUUUUCAACUAUUGAGUUGGUUAUAGCCUAUUUUAGGGGGCCUUACUAUAUUGUACCUACUUCUUAGCCCUACAGGUUUUCUUCUAGCCAGGAAUCCAGAUCGAUAGAAAAAAAAAACCCUUGGCUCUGAAUUUAUAGGUAUACAUCUUUGGAUAUUGCCAGUUUAGAUUCCAUCACUGAUAUUUAAAGGUCUUCGGACAAAAAUCCAAAAUUUUCAACGCCAAGGGUAAGGCUGGGAUUAGCCAACUCCAAUUCUUUAUUCAUUAUUCUUAGUCCAUAAGGUAACAUGUUUUAAAAUGAGGGCAGAUCCAAAUCCUUAUUUCUUAAUUUUCUUUCCAAGAACAACAUUGAAAAGUUCUAGAUUUUUACAAAUAGAGGAAUAAGAACAUGCCUGCGCUCUCGACUCUGGAUCAGCUAAUUUCAAAAAUCAUGAGCAGAUAAAACACAAGUUUCUUGAAUCAUCAUAGACAGACAUAGAUUAAAAAUAUUUUACUUUUGACCGUUCAAAUAGUUAAAUUAUGGAGUUGGUUGAUCCCCGCCUAAGAUCUGAUUCGGUUCUGGUCGGAACAACCUUAUAUUUUUGAAUGUAGUAUGGUGAUAAUAUAAUAUGUAUUAUUUAUUUAUAAUUAUUAGAACAAAGGCACUUAAAUUAUUAUUAUUAUUAUUAUUAGAUACAAUAAUAUGCCAAAAAGUCUGUCUAGGUGUAGUUUUGUGUGAAAGUAGGUUAUUUACGUCCUCGACCGUCGUAUUCCAAAAAGCAAAUUGUUGUCUUCACAUGCUAAAUGAAAUGGAGUUUGUUUGUCUUGGAUCAAUUCCACUUCAUUUAGCUUGUGCGGCACACAAAAACAUUCUUGUUCCAUUUUUUUUUUUUAAUUAGAGAUGUAGAGUAAACUUUUACUUUACUUUUAUAGCUAAAGGUGAGAUUAUUAUUAUUAUCAGUGCUCAAUUUAUCAGUGUUGGCAGAGCUUAGUGGAUUUUUAUGAGAUUAGAGUAGGCUAGAGGGAAAACAACUUAGGUGUGUCAACUUUUGCAUUCCAUUUUUUGUGUGAGAUUUUAAUCACUUCCACUAUAAUUUUAAAAAAAAUGUAUUCUAGUCUAACAUAUCAUGGUUUUUUAAAUCAAAUUUCAGUCUAAGGAGAGUAGUAAUAAUUAUCAUGAAUACUUAAUUGAUGGUGUUGAAACUACUGUGACUAAUAUUUGUUUUUAUAAUUUAUAUUUCUUCUUUCUUCCAUUUUUAUUAAAAGUAUUGAGUGAUUUGAACAGAGACUUGUGAAAAUGAAACAAUUGAGUAAAAAAAAAUAUAUUUAAUUCUUUUGUUAGAAUUCGGCAUUGCUACUAGAGGUGCUUCUGUGAGGUAAUGAUCAAUAGCAAUUCAGGAUUUGAAAUAAUAAUAAUUAUUGUGGUAAUAUAUAUUCCAAAAAGCAUCUUGUUAGAAUAAUUUGAGACUUAUAAUCUUAGGUAAUAAUUUAAACUCAUGAAAAUGUUACAUAUUUUAAUUGUACAAAAAUGUAUUAGGUAAUAUUGUAGCAAUAAAAAAUCAAAAAUAUUUUUUCGUUAUCACUUGAGAAUUUCAACUUUUUAACUUGUACUGUUCAGCUUUCUGUUGCAAGUCCUUAACUUUCCCGUUGAUAUUCUCAAUUAAACUAUCCACUUCCUUAGUUAAAAAGUCCAACUUUUGCUUGACCUCAUCCAAAUUGUCUGUACCCUUUAGGAAAUCCUCCACUUUAGUGAAAUGUUGGUCUUGAGGUGGUUUAUUGUCCAAGCAAAGGUAUAAUUUGUGUCUUUGCUCUUCAUCAAGACAAACAUCUUCGAUAUCUUCAGUGAUUUCUUCUGAGGUUAAUUCGAAUGGUUUUCCUUGGGGAAUUGAGUUUUUCCCAAACAUUUUUGAAGGUGAGGUGAAAAGAAAACUACCUAGAAAGGGGUAAACAAGUUAUCAUUUUA